AUGGCCUGCAGCAUGGCUGAACAACGGCAGCGUGCUUUAUCUACAUCUGGAGAAGCACUCUACAAACUCCUGGGUCUUGAGAAGGGGGCAUCCCAUGACGAAAUCAAGAAAUGUUACAGGAAGUUGGCUCUGAAAUAUCAUCCUGACAAAAAUCCCGAAAACCCAGAAGCUGCUGAAAAAUUUAAAGAAAUCAACAAUGCCCAUGCAACACUAACUGACGUCUCCAAAAGAAACAUCUAUGACCAGUAUGGAUCAUUAGGGCUGUACAUUGCAGAACAAUUUGGUGAAGAAAACGUCAAUACGUACUUCAUGCUUUCUAGUUGGUGGGCAAAGGGCCUCUUUGCACUCUGUGGCCUCUUGACUGGCUGCUACUUUUGCUGCUGCCUGUGCUGCUGUUUCAACUGCUGUUGUGGAAAGUGCAAGCCUAAGCCCCCAGAAGAAGAGCAAGAGUUCUGCAUGUCUCCUGAAGAUCUGGAAGAACAAAUUAAGACCGACAUGGAAAGAGAUGGAGAAACUCCAAUUCUGCUUCAGCCGACAAAUGCAACUGAGAAAACCCAACUUAUUGGGGACAGUCAUCGCAGUUACCGCACAGAUUCAUAA